AUGUUUCUAGUUCUGUGUUUUUCGUUUCUUUCACUCUGGAUCAUUCAAAAAAAUCAUCCUGGGAGUAGAGAAAUCCUCCAGGAAUGGCAUCCAAUAGAAAUUACUUCGUCGCGCUCGAGUUUUCCCAAGACAGUCAAACUCUAUGAACCUCUCUCAGUUUUCGGAAGUAAUACUGUUGCGUCCGAAGGAGAACUUUGGAAGAAAUACAGAAAGAUCUGCGUGCCUGCUUUUUCUGAAGCAAACAACAGAUUUGCCUGGGAAGAAACGAUGAACAUCAUGCAGGAAUUAUUCCAUGAUGUAUGGAAAGAUGAAAGGGCGUCAAAGACCGAGAAUGUACUUGAUAUUACCUUGGCAAUCACCCAGUUCGUUAUCGGUAUCGCAGGUUCUGGUCACAAUAUUUCGUGGCGAGGAGAAUCAGAUAUCCCGCAGGGACACAAUAUGAUGUUCAGAGAUGCGCUCUAUGAUGUUUGUGACGGAGCCCACAUCAAAUCACCGUACCCCCGAUUGGCUCUGGGAUUGACUGAAAAAUGGGGGCGGAUUAGAGCCGCGUACAAUGAGCUUGAGUUAUACAUGCUAGAAAUGAUUAGAACCCGACGCACGUCCCAAAAGAAAGAAGGAAGAUACGAUCUGUUCAGUAGUUUGCUAGACGCGAAUGAAGGAAAUGUUUCACAUCUGUCCGAGAGUGAGCUGAUGGGAAACAUCUUUAUAUUUUUCCUUGCUGGACACGAGACUAUAGCUCAUACGUUGGCAUAUGCGUUCACUAUGCUGAUUCUUUAUUCCGACGAGCAAGAAAAACUUUACCAGCAUAUCAAAUCUAUCAUCCCAGGCAAUCGGAGAUACGAAAUGCUGCCUCUGUUCACGUAUUCCCUAGCCGUGUUCAACGAGACACUUCGCAUGUUCCCCGUGGUAACAGCUAUACCAAAAAUAAGCGCCGAAGACACCUUUUUAGUAGCGACAAGCGCCACAGGAGAACGUGCAACAAUUCCAAUACCCAAAAGGGCGUCGAUAUUUUUGGAUGUUACGGGUUUGCAUUAUAAUCCUCGACACUGGAAAGACCCCGACUGGCCCAAGGAAGCAUUCAUGCCAUUCAAUCUCGCUGCUAGAGCAUUAUGCAGCUUCGCCGAAACAGAAGCGAUUGCUGUCAUUAUGCUCCUGAUAUCGCGGUAUAUGAUUGAGGUAACAGAAGAACCACAAUUCGUAGGAGAAUCAUUCGAGGAAAGGAAGAAACGGCUGCUGAAAUCUAAGGGUGGUGUGUCAUUAACGUCAGUGUGUUCUGUACUAUUAUAUCACCUUCCCAUGACGGUAUUCGCAGGCCGCUUCGUAUGCCCCUGA